UGAGCAGGUAAAUGUUUGGCCUGAUUUUUCGGGUCGCUUAGGCCAGAGAUUUUUGAGGCUCGAUUUAGUUUUCCUCCAAAGGUUAUCUGGGUUCGUGACAUGUCAUGUUCGGCCCUGAAAUAACGUGGAACAUGAGAUUUAUGAUGUUAUUGAUAGCAUUAUGGAUAAAUUGGGAAUUUGUAACAUUUACAUUAGCCCAUUUUAUCGACGAAGAUGCAAAAAUUGAUGCAAAUCGAGCCCACGAGUCGCUCAAAGCACAGCAGUCUCCGGCAGACUUGGAGAGGUUGUAUUUGAGAGCCCAUGAUGCGCAUGACGAUGUUUGUAAAGCAUAUCUCAACACUACAUCGUCUUCAAGUGAUCCAGCAGAGGACUCAAUGAUCGAAAACCCUUUCAAGUGCCUUGCAUGUGUGGACCACGGCUUGAAUGAUAAAUGGCGAAAUGCGGGCCGAAAUAGACCGAAUCCCACGCAAAAUGAUGAAUUUGAGGAUUUUCCCAGAGAACCUGUGACUUGGCGAUACUUGAGACAUCAGCAGAAUUUGGAUGGAGUCGUGGUGUCUGACGUCUAUCAGCCAUUGUUUCAUUGUGAGAAUGAUGUCCUUUGGAUGAAGUUUGCCAUCACCCGGCACUCGAAUCCGCGAUUGAUUAUCAAGACCAACUGGACUGAUUCACUGUCACAAAAGCAGUGUCAGUGUAUCAAAAGGAAUAAUGGGCCAUCAAUGCUGCUGAGGACCUAUUUCAAAGACUGCUAUGCUCUAAAAUGGACUGGAGGCAGAAGGAUGUACUACUCUGUAAGGGUACUUUACUUUGAUCGCCUUCUAAUGAGGAAUUUAUCUGGCACUGCGACCUGUCAUGCUGCCUUCCUGCCACAUGAUGUACCUUCUACAAGAGAAUCACCCGAAGUUAUCUGUGGAAAGCCAUAUGUGAUUAUAAAAUUACCAGCCAAGAAGAUUAUAAAUGUUACAGUUUUGGAUAUGUCCAUGCAGUUGCCUCGUCCAGUCCUUUGGAAAAGUCACCAUACUGUGUUUGUCAAAUUGAAACACUCAGCAAUCAAGGAUGGAAUGCUCCAGGUGGAUUAUCUUGAUGUGAUUGGUAAAACACGGACAAUCACAGGGUCCUGUGUUCAACAGACAUUUAAAAAUGCCAUUAGAAAACGAAGACAAGACCCAUUCGAUUUUAUCUGGGAAUAUGAUCCAAUGCCGACAGUUCCCUUUGAACCAGAAUGGGCAACAAUCACUGCCCCCUUACACACUAUCAUCCGCACUGGAAUCUCUCCUCCUUCAGAGUCCGGUGUUCCUAGUAUUGUCACUAAUGGACCAUUUGACAUUCCACCUGAUGCAACAGUAGAUGACGGUUUAGAAAUGUCACCAAGCACAGACAGACAGCCAAUCAGAAUCACCAAAACUGCAACUAAUACUGUUGAUGUUAAUGUAGAGCUUGGGAUGGAUUUUGGUCUUUCAGAUUUUGACGUCAAACCCACUGUUCCUUGUGGGGAGUUUGAAGAAACCCCUAAAAUGACCCAAAGGAUACUUCUAUCCAGCACACCUAAAUAUCCAGACCCCACUACAUGGACAAACAUGCAACCCUUUAGGCCAGCUGAGAUGACUCUUGAUAGAACCCAGAAAGUAGAAACCUCAAGUGCUGCUACACAGCCAAGCAGAAUCACCAAAACUGCUCCUGCUGGUGUUCAUGGUGAUGGAGAGUUUUGGGUAGAUUUUGGUCUUUCAGAUUUUGACGUCAUUCCCACUGUUCCUUGUGGGGAGUUUGAAGAAAAUCCUAAAACGACCCAAAGGAUGCUUCCAUCCAGCACACCUACACAUCCAGGCCCCACUACAUGGGCAAACACUGUUACAUUCAGGCCACCUGAUAUAACACUUGAUACAAACCAAACAGCAGAAUACUCAACUGCGGCUACACAACCAGGCAGGAUCACCAAAACUGCAACUCCUACAGUUCAAGCUGAUGUAGAGUUUGGGACCGAUUUUGGUCUUUUGUACUUUGAUGUCACGCCCACUGUUCCUUGUGGGGAAUUUGAAGAAACCCCUAAAAAAACCACAAGGAUACUUACAUCCAGCACACCUUUAUAUCCAGACCCUACGACAAGGAGAAACACCACUCCUUUCAGGCCACCUGAUAUAACUCUUGGUACAACUGAAAAAUCAGAAGCCUCCAUUGUGUCUACACAACCAGGAAUAAUCACCAAAACUACAAGUCCUGCUGCUGCAGAUAUAGAGUUUGGGACAGGUUUUGACCUUUCAGAAUUUAAUGUCAUACCCACUCUUCCUCGUGGAGAAUUUGAAGAAACCCCUAAAACGACCCCAAGGAUACUUCCAUCUAGCACACCUUUAUAUCCAGACCCUACAAGAAGGAUAAACACUGUUUCCUUCAGGCCACCUGAUAUAACUAUUGGUACAACCAUAAAAGUACAAGCCUCCAGUGUGUCUACACAACCAGGCAGAAUCACCAAAACUACAGCUGCUGCUGAUGUAGAGUUUGGGACAGAUUUUGACCUUUCAGACUUUGAUGCCAUACCCACUCUUCCUUGUGAGGAAUUUGAAAAAACUCCCGAAACAACCCAAAGAACACUUUCAUCAAGCACUCCCACACAUACAGAACAUACUACAUUGAAAAGCACAAGAAUUGACUUUGAUAUACCAUUGACUUUGAGUUCUGCAGAAACAACACCCUCUGUUAGUUCAACAGGAAUAGUAUUGGAAACAUCCAGACCAGGAAUGACAACUGCUGGAACAACUACCACUUCAUCACAAAUUACUAGUCUUGGCACCACUUCUGCAGAAAUUACUACCUUGGAUACCACUUCUGCAGAAACUACUACUCUUGGCACCACUUCAGUGGAAAGUUCUUCCAUGGAUACAACUUUUGCAGAACCUACUACCCUGGGCUCCACUACAACAGGUCUAAUAUUGGAAACAGCCACAUUUGAAAUUACAACUGAUGAAGCAACCUCAGCUGUGACAGCGCCUGGCUUAACAUCUGCUGUUGAAACCACAAUGCCUCAGACUACCACUUCUGUAGAAACUUCUACCCUUGGUACCACGUCGAUUCAAAUUACUACUCUGGGCCCCACUUCUCAAGAAACUACUACCCUUGGCAUGACUUCUGUUACACCUACAACUUCAGUUAGUUCAACAGGUCUAGUAUUGGAAACAUCCACAUUUGAAGUGACAACUGCUGAAACAACCUCAGCUAUGACAACACCUGGCUUAACAUCUGCUUUUGAAACUAAUAUGGCUCAAACUAACACUUCAUCCCAAAUUAUUACUCUUGGCACCACUUCUAUAGAAGCUACUACCCUGGGAACCACUUCUGUGGGAACCACAAAACUUGGCACAACUUCUGUAAAAACUACUACCCUGGGAACCACUUCUGCAGAAAUUACUACCCUAGGCACCACUUCAGUAGAAACCACUACCCUUGACACAACUUCAGCAAAAACUGCUACACUUGGCACCACUUCUAUAGAAACUACUGCCCUACGAACCACUUCUACAGGGCCUACUUCUGCAGAAAUUACUACCAUCAGCACCACUUCUGAAGAAACCACUACCCUGGGCACAACUUCAGUAGAAACUUCUACCAUUGGUACUACUUCUGUAGAGUCUAACACUCUGGGCACUACUGCUGCAGAAAGUACAGCUUCGGUCACUUUAAGAGAUCUGGUAUUGGAAACAACCACAUUUGAAACGACAACUGCUGAAACACACCCAGCAAUAACUUUGCCUGGCUUAACAUCUGCAGUAGUAACCACAAUGGCUCAAACGUCAACUUCUGUAGGAACUUCUACCCUUGGUACCACGUCUAUUCAAAUUACUACCCUGGAAACCACUUCUGCAGGACCCACUUCUGCAGAAACUGCUACCCUUGGCACCACUUUGGCAGAAACUAGUACCCAUGGCACCACUUCUGUAGAAACUACUUCAUUGGAAACCACAUCUGCAGGACCCACUUCUGCAGAAAUGACUACCCUGGGCACAACUUCUGCAGAAACUAGUACCCAUGGCGGCACUUCUGUAGAAACUACUACAUUGGAAACCACAUCUGCAGGACCCACUUCUGCAGAAACGACUAACCUGGGGACAACUUCGGCAAAAACUACUACCCUUGGAAACUCUUCUGUAGAAUCUAGUACCCUUGGUACCACUUCUGUUGAAUCUACCACUCUGAGCACCACUUCUACAGGACCCACUUCUGCAGAAACUACUACCCUGGGCACCACUUCUGUAGAAAUUACUACCCUGAGCACAACUUUGAUAGAGGCUACUACCCUUGGCACCACUUCUGUAGAAACUACUUCCCUUGGCACCACUUAUGUUCAAACUACCUCACUGGGCACCACUUUUGCAGAAACUACUACUUUUGGCACCACUUUUACUGAAACUACUACCCUAGGCAUAACCUCUGCAAAAGCUACUACCCUUGGCACCUCUUCUGUAGAAAGUGCUACACAGGGAACCACUUCUGAAGAAACUACUACCCUUGGCACCAUUACUGUAGGAACUACUACCCUGGAAACCACUUCUGCAGGACCAUCUUUUACAGGAACUACUACCGUUGGCGCCACUUCUGUUGAAACUACUACCCUGGGUACAACCUCUGCAAAAGCUGCUACCCUUGGCACCUCUUCUGUAGAAACUACUACACUGGGAACCAUUUCUACAGAAUCUAGUACCCUUGGUUCCACUUCUGUUAAAUCUACCACUCUGGAAACAACUUCUGAAGAAACUACUACCCUAAGCAACACUUCUGUAGGAACUACUACCCUGGAAACGACUUCUGCAACACCCACUUUUGCAGUAACUAGUACCGUUGACGCCACUUCUGUUGAAACUACUACCCUGGGCCAAACCUCUGCAAAGGGUACUAGCCUUGGCACCUCCUCUGUAGAAAGCACUACACUGGGAACCACUUCUGCAGAAUCUAGUACCCUUGAUUCCACUUCUGUUGAAUCUACCACUCUGGGCACCGCUCUUGCAAAAACUAGUACCUGGAACCACUUCUGUUGAAA